AACCAACAUUCACGGAUCUCAACUUCACAUGAAAACACCCGCCCCUCAAGAAGUGAGCUGCUGAAGAGUGAUGCACCAUGUACUCUAAACUGGGUCAUUCCUCACCCAGAGGGCUCGGUGCGUGGCUGACUUGCUGUGUGUAUCCCCUGUGCCGUAGGCUUCGAGCAUCUUCGACAGCCCAGGGAGACAGAGCGAUGGGAAACAGUAUGCGAUCCACCCCAGCACCUCCCGAGAGGCCUGUGCCCAGCCCAGAUGGACUGGAUAGUGACUUCCUGGCCGUGCUGAGUGAUUAUCCCUCUCCUGACAUCAGCCCCCCCAUAUUCCGCCGAGGGGAGAAACUACGAGUGAUUUCUGACGAAGGGGGCUGGUGGAAAGCCAUUUCCCUUAGCACUGGUCGAGAGAGUUAUAUUCCUGGAAUAUGUGUGGCCAGAGUUUACCACGGCUGGCUGUUUGAAGGGCUGGGCAGAGACAAGGCAGAGGAGCUGCUCCAGCUGCCAGACACGAAGAUGGGCUCCUUCAUGAUCCGAGAGAGUGAGACGAAGAAAGGUUUUUAUUCUCUCUCGGUGAGACACAGGCAGGUGAAGCAUUACCGCAUCUUUCGCCUGCCGAACAACUGGUAUUACAUCUCCCCGAGGCUCACCUUCCAGUGCCUGGAGGACCUGGUGAAUCACUAUUCCGAGGUGGCUGAUGGCCUCUGCUGUGUGCUGACCACACCCUGCCUCACUCAGAGCACGGCCACCCCGGCCGUGAGGGCCCCUGACUCGCCUGUCACCUUGCGCCAGAAGAACUUCGACUGGAAGAGGGUGCCCAGACUGCAAGAGGACCCUGAGGAAGCCAGGAACCCACUUGGUGUAGAUGAGUCCCUUUUCAGCUAUGGCCUUCGAGAAAGCAUCGCUUCCUACCUGUCCCUGACCAGCGAUGACAACACCUCCUUCGAUCGCAAGAAGAAAAGCAUGUCCUUGAUAUACAGUGGGAGCAAGAGGAAGAGCUCCUUCUUCUCAUCACCACCAUAUUUUGAAGACUAGCCUGAGAAUAGACACCAUCGUGUGUACCCAAAAUAACAGAGGUUGGAACUGUCACCUGGGAUCUGGCAGGGAGGCAUGGUUCCCUGGCCCCUGGGGAACCGCACAUCUUCCAGAAGCCAAGAAAAGGCACAUGAAGACUCAAACUCACAUCUUCUCUGUCCACAUCAUGACAAAGUGGACCCCUCCCUGGUGUCUGAUCAGUACUGAGACAUCACGAAAUGUUGAAUCACGAUGUGAUCAGGGAACAUUUCAGAAGAGCCCCAUGUAUGUGUGUGUGCUCGUUGUGUUUGUGGGAAAGAUAAAGACAUUAUCUCACAAGAAAGUGCACAGGACUGUUCAAUGAACUGUCCAGAUGGUCACACUCUGAGCUCAUUGGAGAUAACUCUGGAGCGAGAAAAGCCUGGGAAGAAGAAGAGCCACAAGCUGCGGUCUGGCCAGUCCAGGUUUGCAAAUGGGUCCCCCGCCACGAGCUUCUCUAACCAACCCAGAAAGAGACCUUUGGUAUGCAGCUCCUCUCUUUUUAAGGGAACUCAGUGACACUAAAUGUUAAUCUUCCUUAUCAUCCCUGAAUCAGGAGAUCCCAGUGGCCUGCUGGUGCCAGGAAUCAGACAGCUUCCCUGUCUCUGUAGAGGGCGAGGCAAAGGGGAGAGAGGGAGGCUGCUUGUGGGAAAAUGGGAGGGUCGCCUUGGAGCUGUGCAAGCUUUCCUGGUCUCCCCAGCCGUGGCUUCGCGGCACAGAAAGAGCUUCUCUGACAGGCUGGGACUCUUGCCAACAAAAAUGCAUCAGUUGUUUACUCAUGGUUGCCUGAAGAGCUAACUGUGUUAAGUCCCAUGUCAGGUUGAAAGAAAGAAAGAAAGGGAAUAAAAGAAAAAAGGAUCAGCAGAGGCACCCACAGUAUAGACAGGGAGAAAAAUCUACAGACAAAUAUCGUGAAAGUGGGUUGUAGAAGGAAAAAUCAGCUCAUGGCUCCGGGGGGAUUGGGGCAGGCAAUGGUGGCCCAUGAGCUCAUGUCUCAGCUGCACCUUCGCAGAGGGUAAGUCCAGCUGGAUUGAGUAGGUGAGAAUGGUUGGCCUUUUUGGAAAUGGCAAAUUGACUAAAUGCUAAAGAAUUAAUUCUAAUUCUAAAGGAUUAAUUCAUUUAUGUGAUUUUUCUGUAUCAUCAGUAUUUUAUUCUAAGAAGGGCCUGGCAGCCACAUGAAGAAAACUGCUGAGCUCCAGGAAAGAGGGGAGGCAGAGUGGCUUUAAUUCUGUCCUACUAAUUUUAAGAGAUGAGAGAGAAAGCACAGCAAAGUUCUAGAAAAGGAGAAGUAUUUAUCUUGAGGCCGCCCAUCCGGAUCUUGUUAGGAAGGGGGCUGCAGAUGCA